AUGGGGGGUUGGCAGGGUGGGGGGCGGAGCGGACCCCGCGCAGGCCCCUCCCUGCAUGUGGGCGGAGCCUCCUGCGGGAGUCUGCGGCGCGCGCCGCCCGGACGGCGUCGGCCUGUGUGCGCAGGCGCGCGUCCCUCCUCGGCGGGGCGUCCUGGGGGUGUCGGGCGGCCCCGGGCGCGGUCACGCGUGGGGCUGGCGGUGGGCCCUGGAGGUGCGGGCUGUGGUCAGCGCGGGCGGCCCGAGGCUGCGGAGAGGGGCGCGGGGUAUCUUGAGGAGAAGUGGGGCUCGCUUCGGAGUCUGCAUCUCCGCGAUCGCCGAGGCGGCCGGAAGGCGGCCACGAGGACGGAGCGGCAGACCGGUCGGGCCGCGGACGAGGGAGGUCUCGUGGAAGGUUCUGCACCACCAAGCCGCGUGGACCCGCCUGCCCACCUCGCCCGGCGCUGUCCAGUGGAGCUGCCUGCCGGGAUGGAGGUGGCUCGCACCUGCGCUGUCCUACGGCUGAGGGCGCUUCAGUUGUGGCCGGCCCGCCUUUGUCCUCAGCCUCCGGCUCUGCGUUUGUGGAAGUGCGGCCCGAGGCUCCUGUGUGUUCUUAGGCAGAUCUGGGCCCCUGGUGAAGGGUCCAGCGAAAGUGACUUUGCCCCCUAGGCUCCGCUGGGGGCAAAGCAACUCUACUUAGGCGAGAAGGAGGGACUUCAGGAACCAGGAAUCACACUGGGAAGAAUCCCCCCCGCCCCAGCCUCCUACCCGAGACCCAUCAGAGCUUCAAAAGAGAGGCCGAAGAAACCCACAAAAGGAGCAUUUCGCCCACAGGGGUCAAGGCUUGAGUGAUUUCACCAUAUUUAGAAGCUGUGAGUCACUUUGCAGAAGAGAGAAGGGAGCUGGGGCUGAGAGUGGUGGCGAGAGAUGGACUGCGUGAGAAAUGUCACCUCCUUGGCGGGAUGCUGGGGAAUUCCUUCGCUGGGAAGCUUUUAUCUUCAAUCGCCACCCCCAAACGGCACCUUCCCUCCAUUCCUUCUCCACUUAUUCUUUCCAGAAGCUGGGCAGCUUUCUAACCACGUCCGGUCACCAUGUCCAGAAUCUGGAGAUGUCCUCUUCUGUCUUUCCUGAUCUUACAGGGUCAAGAGUAGUAGUUCAGGGAAUGUCUGCCAGGGUUAUCUGUUUUUGUCUCAUUGACAGAAGGGAAAAAAGACUCUGAAAGGGGAAAUGACUUGCCUAGGAUCAAUAAGAGGUGAAUGAGAGAAGUCAGAGUCGCCCACUCCUGGCUUGGUGCUGUCCACACAAUCACACGGAAACAAGUUUCCUGUUAAAAGAUCAUUUUGAAAAACAGCAAUUAGAUUAGAAGAAACUUUUUUCUUUUCUUUUCUUUUCUUUUGCUGAGGAAGAUUCGCUGUGAGCUAACAUCCACUGCUAAUCUUCCUCUUUUUGCUUGAGGAAGAUUGGCCUUGAGCUAACAUCUUUGCCAAUCUUCCUCUAUUUUGUAUGUGGGAUCCGAACCUGAGAACCUGGGCUGCUGAAGUGGAGUGCAUGGGAACUUUAACCACUAGGCCCUGGGCUGGCCCCAAGAAACAAUUUUUUUAAAGACCUAUGUUUAAGAAAUCUAUCUCUUUUUCCAAAGCUUUGUGAGGAUUCUUGGACUCAAGGGGUUACUAUUAUUGGUAGUAAAACAGAUACACAAAAUAGACUUUAGGGUUUUUUUCCCCUGUAACGUCAGUUUUAAUGAAGGUAUAUUUUGAGAUGCUAUCAUUUGCUUAAGAAUUUUGUUUUAGGGUUGGCCCGGUGGUGCAAGGGGUUAAGUGUGUGCACUCCGCUGCAGCGACCUGGAGUUUGCCGGUUCGGAUCCCGGGUGCGCACAACGCUCCACUUGUCAGGUCAUAGUGUGACGGCGUCCCAUAUAAAGUAGAGGAAGAUGGGCAUGGAUGUUAGCCCAGGGCCAGUCUUCCUCAGCAAAAAAAGAGGAGGGUUGGCAGAUGUUAGCUCAGGGCCGAUCUUCCUCACAAAAAAAAAAAAGAAUUUUGUUUAGUGUUUGUUAGUGAGAGGGGGGCAUAAAUAGUUAAAGCAGUAGGGAACAUUGCAGGUUAAAGGAGUCACAAACGGGCUGAUGUUACCUUCCUCUCCUUCUCCACCUGGUGUGUAGAAGUUUUUAGGAGGACAAUUGGGAAGCUGUAGGGCUAGCCAGCUCUCGUUAUUCCAUUCCUCUUUCCUCCUCUUCCAGGCAUGCCUUCCCAAGUUUUGAUGCUCUUCCAAGAACAAGAGAAAAUGAACAAAUCCCACAUGAGUUGUUUCUUUUCUUUAUUCCCUAUUUCAUUUUCCAGUGGAUUUCAUGGCUUUUAUAAGUGUGUUCAUAUAUUAAGAUGGAAAAGUGGAAAUAGAUAAAAAGCUACUUCCGGAAGUAGUGAGUGAGUGGCACCUGACUAGCAGGCAGAGGUGGCUGUCAUCUGUGUAGGUCAUGUGAUCCUACAGUCCUCAAAGGUGAGCAGCACAUUUGUCUUUGAUCUUCUUGAUCUACACAGGAUUUUCACUGACCACAGAGAAACCAGCCAGUUAUUCCCGAGACAGAAAGACUUCCUGGCACUGGAGUCUGGAAAAAAAUGUCUUUGAAGGUCUGCAAGUAGUGAAGAACCUUGUAGUAACCCCCUGUUGCCUGUAAUUGUUCUUUGUUGGAAGUGGAGGGCAGAACUCAGGUUUUAUGACCAAAGCAUUGUGGACUCCGUAGAGAGCUUUCUGAACAUCCACUUUGAUCUAGGGACAAAACCUGAGACUGUCUGGAGGAAUGAAAGAAAUGGACAACAUGUCCUUAAAACAACCUCUUAAACUGCACAGGUUGGACAGCAGAGAGUUCAAACUCAUAGUGUUUGGCAAAUAUUUCUGCACUAUCCAUUCAUCUUUUUUUGUGUGUGUGGUAAAAUAUAACAAAAUUUUCCAUUGUAGCUGUUUUUAAAUGUACAGUUCAAUGGCAUUAAUUACAUUUGCAAUGUUGUACAGCCAUCACCACUGUCUAUUUCCAAAACUUUUUCGUCACCCCAGACGAAGUAGAAUCAUACAAUCUUUGUCCUUUUGUGUCUGGUUUCUUUCACUUAAUAUACUGUUUUCAAGGUUCAUGCAUGUUGUAGCAUGUCAGAACUUCAUUCCGUGUAGUGGCUGAAUAAUAUUUCAUUGUAUGUAUGUACCACAUUUUGUUUAUCCAUUCAUCUGUUAGUGGCCACUUGGGGUUGUUUCCACCUUUUGGCAAUUAUGAAUAGUGCUGCUAUGAGCAUUCGGGUACAAGUAUCUGUUUAUCCAUUCACAUUUUAAUCAACUGUAUGCAAUCUCACUUCUU